GUGAUUUUCGUGUAAUUUUAUUCUUUUCAAUUAUUGGUGUAUUAUAUACAAAGAAGUGGCAGUGUUUGUUGUUUAAAAUGAUGGAAGUCGAUGGAGUUCAAAAAGAACUAGUCGAUGAAGUAGAAAGUAUAAACAGCAAUCCUCCAGAUGGAGGAAAGUUUGCUAAUUUGAAAGCUUUUGUAACUGCUGCUCGUGAAUUUGAAGCCACACAUAGUGAGACUGCUGUGAACUUGAUGACUCGGUAUUUAGGUAUAAUAGCGUCGUCAUGUGAUUUAACAAUAUUUUCCCCUGGUCGGUCGGAAGUAUGUGCGUUCUUCAGUUCGCUAUGGCGUGUGAUGUGCGACAGUCGCAGCCCAAGUUGGGCUGGGGUAGCUGUGCUCACGCGAGCUUGCAUAGAACCCAGUGCGAGACACGCUCUUACCCAUACAUACAAAUUCAUGCCAAUAUUAGCACGCUUGCUAUCAGAUUCGAUAUCAAAUGACAAGAAAAUAAAACUUUUAAGUGUAAUGCAGGACAUCUCAUAUGGUAUAAAAAUAAGCUGGCAGGAGUCCUACCUUUCUGGCUUAAUGAAGGAGCUGACAGAUUUCAUAAUGCAGCCAAUGAGUGACCCCCAGUACCGCACUAUUGGUCACAUGUCACUGACAGUGCUGGUCAAUUUAUGUUAUGGCAACCUGCCAGCCAUUUAUGCACUCAUGCGAAUUGUGGACACUAAAGAUUUUGUUGGACAUCUUGUGAACUUGAAGGAUGGUGGCUACGGCGGUGUGGAAGUAUGCCGCCUACUGCUCUGUCUGUCCGGGGCCACUCGUGGUAGGGGCUCUACGCGCCAGCUCGACGUACACAGCUAUCUCUGUUGCACUAUGCGCACCUUUUAUAAGGCUGUUAUUGAACGCGAUGAUACCCAAAUCCUCCAUGCUUAUACAUUCCUCCACGAUCUGUGCUCUGACAACAAUCUGUGCAGUAUGGUGGUCACUUAUCCAAAUUUCAGUGGCCCAUUGCAGGAUGCCUUACAGGAGGUAGACGUCCUAUUCAAGAUACAGCCAAAUACCAAUACGGAGCCUGAAGUAAUAAGCAAUUGUGUCCGCAACAUUCUAAAGUUCCUCACCGUGCUCGUUAAUUUAGACUUAUAUUCUCUAAGGUGCCACCACUGCCAGCUGGUCUGCCUGUGUAUGAAAGCCAGUCCCAUCUGUCUGCCAGAGUCACUUGAGUUAUUUGCCGCCAUCGUCAAUCAGUAUAAAGAUGACGGCCGCCUGCCGAUAGAGUUAAUAUCGGUGAUGUGCAACGGCCUGCCCAGCUUACUGGUACCGCCGGCUUUGGAGCCAGGAAAAUCGGGUCUACAAUGGCUACAAGCCGUAGGCGCACUAUGCGAAACGUCUGAAAUGCAAGAACGAGUCCUGCAAGAAAUAACGCCGGAUACGUUUGAGGACGCUCUCUACAGUGUUCUGCAGUAUACUUCACAUAAUGGCCCUAUAGGCGUGGAACAGGCUCAACAUGCUGUGGUACUCGGAUGUCGUAUUGCUCUAUGCCUCGCACCUGUCUGUAAACAUUGGGAGGCCGCACUAAAUCGACUACUAGCUCAUCACCAGGUUCGUAAGCUACUAUGCUCCGGUCUGACAAGCUCGAAUACGUCGCGACGACGGCAGAUAUUACAACUCGUUAAGCAUCACUAUUUCCCUUCGGAUCAAAUGAACCAGGUGUUCGGCGAGAGCCUGCAGACGGGCGAGAUGCGGGCGGGAGCGUGUGGCGCGGUGGCGGGGGAGGGCGACAGCGGCUGGUACGCGCCGCUGCGACUGGCGCCGCAGCAGGAGAAGGCCGUCGACGCCCUCGUCGCCUCCCUCAACGACGCGCUGCACAGCGGGAAGAUCUCGGACAUCGCAACGUCAAGCGUGAUGGAGCUAUACGGCUAUAAAAUGACCUGUCUGGAACAGAGACUGCACUCACAUUCUGUUGCGUUACAGGGAGCGACGGAACACAUGGCGUCACUUCAGCACUCUUUGGCGAUGUUGCAAGCUACUAACUCGUCACAACAGGAUGUGCUUUACACAACGCAAAUGCAAAAUGAACAUUAUAAAAAAACAAUAGAGCAGCUCCACAAGCAGCUGGAUGACGCCGAGAACACAUUACGGCAGUUCAGAGUGAAGAUAGCGGCAGAGCGACUGGAUAAGGAGAAUCAGAAGGAGGCCGUGCAGAAGGAGUGCAGGGCACAGAUUGCUGCCAUGGAAAGUGAAAUGAAGACACGAGGAAAGGAAGCCGAGGAGAGAAUAAAGCAGGCCGAAGCAGAGACUAAAGCUGUGCAGAGGAAAUUGGAACAACAGGUACUUGUUACGCUACUAGGUAGCAUACAUACAUACAUAUACUUCACGCCUUUUUCCCAUCGGGGUAGGCAGAGACAACAGUCUUCCACCUGCUACGGUCCUGACACACAUCUUUCGUCUCAUCAACGACCUAAUUGUAGCAUUGCAUCGUUAUCAAGAAAAGAACUAUACGACAUCUUAAUAAGUUCCGGUGAGAGUAAAAUUGAAGAGUAA